GGCUCUUGACGUUUCUGCCCCUUCGUUCCCAGGUCUGAUGACGCGUCUUGAAGGCGCGCGUUGAUUGGUUAGAAAAACAGGGCUAUCCGGAAAGCACCGCCGCUUCUCCUUCCUUUCUACGAGCCGGCGCCAUCAUGGUAUUCAAGCGAUACGUCCAGAUUGGCCGUGUAGCCUACCUCUCCUUUGGCCCACAUGCUGGCAAACUAGUGGCGAUUGUUGAUGUCAUUGACCAAAACAGGGCCCUUGUAGAUGGUCCUUGCACUGGAGUAAGACGUCAGGCUAUGCCUUUCAAGUGUAUGCAGCUGACAGAUUUUGUAAUAAAGGUUCCACACAGUGCUCGUCAAAAGUAUGUUCGACGUGCCUGGGAGAAAGCCAAUGUUAAUGAGAAAUGGGCCGAAUCCAGCUGGGCAAAGAAAAUUGAUGCAAGACAAAGGAAAGCAAAGAUGUCAGACUUUGACCGUUUCAAAGUUAUGAAGGCAAAGAAAAUGAGGAACAAGAUCAUCCGACAUGAAAUGAAAAAGCUCCAAAAGGAGGCUACCAAGAAAGCAUAAUCAGUUCUCUGAAUUUGCAAAAGGAACAAGAUCUUGAAAUAAAAGAAGCUCCAAAAGGAUAAACAAUUGGUUUUCUGAUUUAGAACGUAAAUCAAAUAAACAGUUUAAAGACA